AUGGCCCAUGGCCCAUGGCCGUCUGAUGGGUGGUGGGGUUUCUUGUCAGACGCAGGACAGGACGAGACGCAGGACUCGCUCGCAGCCGUCCGGGCCCAGAUGAUGAUGGUGAUGAUGGCGGCGGUAUCACCGUCCGGUGGUUGCUGGUUGCUGCGCGCUCCACAUGUCGCAGCGCCCGAGUAG